AUGGCCUUUGGCAGGAAGCAGUUGCAAUGGGCCAUAGCCUAUGGCGCGGAAAUACUCAGGGGUUGUUUCCCUGGCAUGGCGUCCUUCGAGGAAACCACUGCUGCCAACUUCGAGUCUCCCAUCACUUGUACCGAAGGCUCUCUGAGCAGUCUAUUGCCAGACGGCACUAGACUGUUGCUUUCCCAAAAGUUGGAAGACAAUUCUACCUUCCAUGUCCCCGAGUCCGAGAUCGCCUACACGCAAUCGCCUUCGGGUCUGAAGGCCCUGUGUGCGCUCCAGGUAGAGGUGACGGGCGAUAAUGACUCCAAGUACAGCUUUGGCUUGUUCUUACCUGAAAUAUGGAAUGGCAGGUUUCUUGGUGUUGGAAAUGGUGCAUUCGCUGGGGGUGUGAACUGGGCCGAUAUGGCAGCAGGGGCUCAGUAUGGAUUUGCCAGCAUGUCCACAGACACCGGCCACCACUCAGGCUUCCAAGACGGCUCCUGGGCCUGGCGAAACCCGGACGCAAUCGACAACUGGGGCCACAAAGCAAUGCAUGGCUCCGUCCAGGCAGCAAAGAGCAUCGUCAGGGCCUUCUACGGCAGCAACGACAAGAAAGCGGAUACAUCCGGCUGCUCCACAGGCGGGCGCCAGGGCCUGAAGGAGGCGCAGGAGUACCCUGACGACUUUGACGGAAUCCUCGCCGGUGCACCAGCCUGGUGGUCGACACGCCUCCACCCGUUCAACCUCGUGGCGGGAGUAUUCAACUUGCCUGUGGAGGCUGCGCAUCAUAUCCCGCCUGAGAUGUUCCCAUUCAUUACAGCCGAAACUUUGCGACAGUGUGACCCUCAGGACGGAGUGAUUGAUAACAUCAUCUCUUCUCCCGAGACUUGCUUGCUGCAGCUCGAGACUCUUCUAUGUGGCCCAAAGUCUGAUGCAAAGGCCAAGUCAACUUUCUUCUUUCCUCAUUUGCUACCGGGCAGCGAGUGGGAGUGGAGAAAGCUGAGUGGUUCGGAUAAACCCAACUCAUUGGGUGUCGACUACGUUAAGUAUUUCCUCAACUUUGGCCCGGAUUGGGAAUGGCAGGAGGGCUAUAGUCCGAGUCUCCUUCGAGUUGCUGAGGAGAUGGACCCGGGCAACGCGACGGCCGACAUUUACGACUUGUCCCCUUUCUUUAAGCGAGGCGGGAAAUUGCUACUGUACCAUGGCCUCUCGGACCCAGGCAUCCCCCCUGGGAGCACUCUGUACUUCUACAACCAAGUUGUGCAAACUCUUGUGCCUCGUGGUUUUGAUGUGAGCGACCAUUCUCGCGUCUUCUUCAUUUCCGGGAUGUUACACUGUCAAGGCGCUCCAGAAUCCAACGAUGCCCCGUGGUACUUCGCCGGCGCCAACCAGCCAGCAGCGCUCAAAGGUCCCGUCCCACAUUCGGUGCCUGGCUCUGCCGACGCCAAACAUGAUGCCAUGCUGGCCUUAAUGGACUGGGUUGAGAAGGGCCGCGCCCCUACUGAGAUCAUUACAACGAAAUGGGCUGACGAUGGUCCUCGGCGCAGGGUCACCAGCCAGCGGCCGGCAUGCAUGUACCCACAGGUGGCCAAGUUCCAGAAUAGCAGCGGCUCCAAGGGUAGUCGUGCUGAUGUGAGGUCUCCUAAGAAUUGGGCGUGCGAGAAUCUGUGGGGUUAG